AUGGUGCAGGUUCUUGGUCCUCUGUCUGCUCGUCCGCCUACUCCACCCAGGACAUCAUCUCGUGUACUACCUGAAAAGGACCACACGCAAGAUACCCCGGUUACCGUGAAGACGACGAACGAUUCCCCAUUACCGACGACCGCAUCCAAUGGUGGUCACGCCAGUCGCAAAUUCAAGCGGGUGAACUUCUCGCCAUGGCCGAAAUCCCAGCCGAACAAGCCAGAUCUGAAGACUCUACCUCCUUCGAAUGAGUGUAAACCUUCGAAAUCAAUUCUCAAGACGACCAGCUCACCUGCACCUGUCAAUUCGUCUAAUGUGACCUCUUACACUCCGGAGUCUUUCGCCAUGCUGCUAGAGUCGAUCACGCAGCAAUUGGCCGGCGAAUCGGUCAGUUCGAGACUCGACGCCUAUAUGCAAUUCUUCGGAGCAUUGAGAGCAUACGAUGGGCUUCCUGGAGGGCAGGAAAUUGCAGAUAAGCUUGGUCUCAUCACACAGUUCAUCCAACGGGAUGUGACUCGGGACCUCGGAACUGGGGGACCCUCAGAUACCAAUCUCGUUACUCAGGCUCUGAAACUGGCCACCGCUCUAGUAUGGCACACUGAAAUAUGUGCCCAGCUGCCGGAUGACUUCAAAAUCUUUCUUGUCGAUCAUUCCAUCAAUGGCUUACAGGACGCCAAACUGCCCAAAUCCGUGGCCACCCAUUAUAUGUCGAUUUUGUCAACACAGACUUUCCAUGCGAAGAUCAUGAACAACGCCAGGCUAAACCGUUUGAUGAGCGUGUUGCACGAAAUCACCAACCGGGUAAAUGGGAAUGCAAUCACCCUACAGCGGUUGGCUAUAUACCAACGUAUUCUCAGCCAAAACAAGUCAUUAUUCAUCUCUCAAACAGCGCUGUGGAUGAAUCAUCUCAUAUCGGGCUUGCUUCACCACAUAAAGGACGUCAGAGUAAAGGCCAUCUCCCUCAGCUAUCAAACGUCCCUAGCAUUUGGCCCAAAUCCCAUUCUAUCCAAGAAUAUUAGAGAAAACCUUGACCGACCCAUCGGUCAAGAUAGGAAACUAGUGCAGGAGGUCAGCGAAAGAAUGUCGCGGAUGAUGUCAAGCGCGGAUACAGGCGUACACGUACCUCAGAUUUGGAUUGCUGUUAUCUUACUUCUUAGGAAUAAGAGAUUGACCGUCGAUCAUUGGGAGCAUUUAAAAGAAUUUACCACUCCUCUGCAGAAAUGUUUUAACUGCAGUGAUGGGCAAACCAGAGCGCAAUCCAUUAUUGCAUGGAACCGUUUUGUUUGUGUCAUCGGGCCCAAUGAUGCAACAAAUCCUGCGAUGGUGCUGUGCAGCUAUUACAAUCUUCUGUAUUAUGCCUUCCGCCCGUCCGCGUCUUACCAACAUCUGGACGUCGUGUGGGAGGAAUACCUUGCCGUGCCCUCCUCGACCACGUUUAGUAUGGUUCCUGGCUUAAGCGACAAACUAGCCCAGGUCUUAUGCAAUAUGCUGUGGAGCUCCCAGGCGAAGGUCUGGUUGGAGAACAAAGCCAAUGAAAGUAAUCGCCUUCUCCCGGAGGAGCUGCCUUCACUUGAUUGCAGAUGGGUACGGUCCAGGAUUACCGCUGUUUUGAAGGUGUUCGAAUAUAUUUUCAGAUCUUCUACCUGGUCCGAUGACAUUGAGCAAUCAAGCAUUGCCGCUGCCUGGGUCAGUCUUUCUCGAGCCCUGUCGUAUGCCUCCAGCAAAGAGAUUACCCCGUCUCCGGAAUCAAUGCAAGCAGUCGCCCAUAUGCUCGGUCUUCUCCAACGCCUUUGGAAAGCUGGCCCUGCUUCACUCAACGCUAUCGAAGACAAUUCCUUGGAUAAGUUUUUCGAUCGAUUUAGGUUCCUAUCGACGACCAUGAUUGUCUCACUUGGAAGCAUUCCAUUCACCGAGAAACUCCUCCUAAAGACAGCCGAUGAGAAGUUCCAAGCUGCCAAUACGCCGACACAUCGGUCUUUGAGGGUCAACAUGAGCCUCGACAGUCCUAUUCUACAUUUGCUUCGACUAGUCAGCGAUGUCUCCGGAGUCCGGGAGCCAACUGCUUCGUAUUUGCGCCUGAUCAACGAUACCCUUGACGCUGCAUGCAAGGGCAGAGCGGCCAGAAGCUCACGCUUAGAGCUUCUCAGGCAGUGCGCAGAUUUGUAUCCAAGUGAAGCAGAAUUUUCUUUUGGAACUCAUAACUUCGCUCAGGUAGGUUGGAAGUCAACGGCACGACUAGCAGCGGAUUCUCUAUGUUCUUAUCCUAUUGAGUCCGCCCGCGAGCGUGACGGAUCUGUUUUGCGCGAUUACGAUAAUGCUAUCAAGAUCCUCUCCACAGGGUUGAAGUUUUCCGACACCAUCCAGGAGUGGGAUCAACUUGUGGACUCGCUUAUUCGCGUCGUGCGAACCGAGAAGGGUGACGAUGCCAUUGCAACAAUGGUUGUAGAACCAAUUUCUGAAUGCAUGAUGGCGCUAAGAGUCCAAGAUACCUACUUGCCCGCAGCCUCCCUAUUCGGCUAUUCUCUUUCCAUCACAUAUUGUCAUUACAACUUUCGGAACACGGGAGUGCCUGUGACUGGAGAAGAUCGGCAGGCCAGCGACCAUUCGAUGUUUCCCGCCAAACUCGUUGAACUAGUAAAUCGGAUCCUUCGAGAGUCUUAUGGAGGCUUCGACCCUACAGGGACCAAUGGCAUCGCGGACUUUUUAGAAUCGUUCACGUCCCUUUUAAGCUCUGGUGUCCCAGCAUUUCGCUCUGCGAUCCUCGAAACUACUCAACAGCCCCUUGCUCUCUGGUUAAUGGAUGACGUGCGCAAGAUUAAUGUUGAAAGUGGCGUGGAAAGCAGGAUCAUCACAGCGGGCCGCGCUCUCUCGUCCGCAGUGAUAAGUAUCUUGCAAGCUUGUUCACCCCACAAUGCCUCCUGCCUACAGAGGUUUGAGCCUAUUAUAUGUGCAGGUCUUGAGUCCUCCCAUAUGUCUAUAGCGAAAAGAUUUCUCGAUUUCUGGAAUUCUUCAUUUGGACAACAAAAGUUACUCCCAUAUCCCGAAUCUAUAUCUCGUGCACUACAGCAGCUUGAAUCGCAGAUCAAGCUUCAGAACUCGGGACAGGGACAAGGACAGCGACAGGUUGGACGUCCGGCAACAUCCCUUGAAUCACAAACAUCGAAUAGUGAUCGGGCAGACAUGUCUGAAAAAUCCCGCAUAGCGUUUAUUCUAGACCACCCAGUGGGACCAUCCUACCCUGUGGGCUUCAACUCAUCUCCUGUGACGAGAGUGAUUGAGCCUAGAGUUGCGGAACAGCCAAGUGAGGCACGACCUCGCCGGUCAGCCGAACCCAACGAAACAAAUCAAAUCAUCAUUGAGGAUGCUUCGGUCUCAUUUCUGCCACCCAACGAAGAACCCAAGAAGCGUGGCGAUGUAUUUUCGAUGAUCGAGAAUCUCCGCUCUUCCUCCCCUCCCAUAAACACACCGCAAGAAUACGGGUUCAUGACACCUCCGCAGUUACGUGGUCUGCGGGGUCCCGAUCGUGAGUCGGGAACACCCCAAACGCCUACUUUGCCAGCUGUCGUAGCUGACAACGAAGACGGUUUUCUGGGCUCUUCUCCUACUCCCGGUAUUAGAGGACGAACACAGUCUGCUGGAUCGCAGAUCCCAUCAUCACUAUCAACACCAGCAAUGGACUCUCGUUUCGACAAUGACGUUCCAUCCUCCCCUCCAGAGCUCAAGUCACAGGGUGCAAAUGCCCGCAACAAACAGAUGUCUCUGACGGCUGCAGCUGUCGAGAACAGAGUGAGCAAGAAAAAGAAAUCUAAGAAAUCUAAACGUUCGGCAUUAAAGGAUAAGAAACGACCUGGCAGCCAACAUACGCAAUCCGAAGAGGCACGCGGAGGCCCCAGUCGAGCAGGAACACCGCUGAGUAGUCGUCUCCGUUCAUCUACCGGCAAGACGCCCCAGGCAGACGCACAAAGUACGAUUGAACCUCAGGCUAACGUUCCCCCAGCUGGUGAACCAGUUGUUGCUUCGAACGCUUCAAAUUCCCAUCACGGCUCUCCUGACAAGCCUAUGUUUGUCAAAUCUACUCCCAAGGAUGUCGCCGUAUCUAGUGAAAUCGCGGACGGCUUAGACCCUACUUGUGACUGGAUCGCAGAUUCUUUCAGUGAUGACAUGGAGACGCAGAUUGCGUCCCAACUAGAGCAAGACCUAGAAUUCGCCGUCGAUUCGGAUAAACCCGAUCAAGAAGAGACGGGGCUUCCGUCUGAGCCUACGUCUGAACCUCCGAUGACAAGGAAAAGGAAAAGAGAUGAAGUAAACGCGUCAACACCUUCUAGAGAAGAGCGACGUCGAUCGACGAGACGUUCUGCGAAGGAACUCGAUGCUGAUCUCGAGGAACCUCGGAGCACUCGCUCAAAGAAAUCGAUGUUGUCGAGCAACGCCCAACAGGUUGCAUCUUCACCGGCUGAGUCAGCGCCAAAGAAGCAAAAGCUCCAUCCUAAAGACAAUGCAGAUGAUACACCUGCCCAGCUGCCCGAUAUACAGCCGGACAGUAUCGGCGCUGCUAAGGGCAGUGAGGCCUCUGCCUCUCAAAAACGCAGGUCCUCCCGCCUGAGUGGUAACUCCCCGCUGGCCGUACCAGAGGAAGGCACAGCGCCCAGAAAAUCUCCUCGGAACGGUCGUUGGCGCAAGCGAAACGCCAAGCGUAAGGGCAACGCAUCAAGGGAACCAUCUCCGAGGUCAGAGGCUCAAGCCGAAGAGACUGCCACGGCAGCUUCCCAUGAUGACCACCAAAGAGAAACACAAGGUUCUUUUGAACAGAAUGAUAUUCAACAACCUGACGAACCUACAACUCAUACCCCGGCCGCCGAGAAGACGGUCACGGCUCCUACGAGCGAGAAGGAAUCAUCUACCAACCAAGAACCUGAAAACGAUAUCAAUAUAGAAACUGCGGAUGGCGAUUCCAUUUCCCAAACAAGAAAACGAGCGCUCUCUCGAACAACCCAGAUGGAUGCACAUCCAAAGAAUGUCAGCGGCGCAACGGGGAUUAUCACCUCGUUCAGGAACCUGCUAGACGAUAUUAAAUCGGCCACCUUGGACCGAGAUGCUAUUCGACAAAUUGAUGACUUGAUGUUCGAGAUCAGGGUUGAAACGGGCGAGGCACUAAGGAGACAUACUGGCUAA